AUGGCCGUUGAUCCAGAUGCUGCAGAUAGGGAGUUCAUUGCGCAGAACAUGGACUCUGACUUACAAUUUAUUUUGUCAGAUUCUGGAGUUUCAGUCAGACGACAGGCUGCCAUAGCACGUCGUUAUGGGUCAUUGCGCAAGUUCAAUGCGAUUGGCGAUGACAGGGCUCAGAUUCGCACAGCUUGCCUGCAUGAUUUCGCAGUGGCGCAAGAUACGCCAGAGAAUCGGGCUGAAGUCGCAGCCAUAGUUGCGGCUUGGGAGACGGCCAAGGAGUUUGUCUCGAAGGAGGUGGAGCUCAGGGCAGAAGCAAAAGUCUUGGGACAACCAAGGAUCCUCCAGGCCCACAAAAGACAAGCAAUGAUCAGGGCGGUUGAGAGGGUGCAUGGCGCCUUGGGUGAGUCAGAGACACCCAGCUCUGACUACUUGGCGCUGAAAGCCGAAGAGACGGAGCUGAACGAACCAACGGCUUCCCCUUUGGAUGAAGUCAUUAGCAAGAAGGACACUUCAAGCUCUCAAAUCCAGUCCUCAUUGGAUUCCUCUGGGCACUUGCGUGUGGUGAGGACAAAGAACAAGUCGCGGAUGCCCACGACUACAGAGGAGUACCGCAAGGUCAUGAAGGUUGAGAUGUAUUCCUGGCUUUGCAUGUCUGCCAGGUAUCGUGCAAAAAACUGGUUGCAUGACUUGGAGGCUGCGGACUUCAACAAGUUUGUUGGCUACAUCCUCGGUGAACGUGUGAUGGGGAUACAAGUGCCAUCGCUUCAUGGUGAUGGGACACAGCAGAAGGUCAAGCCAGAUUGGGCCAUUGUGUUGUCAUAUGAACACAAGUUGAGGAAAGAAGCAUUCCGUCUGGUUACAAAUGAGGGCCUCACGCUUUCCCAGGCCUUGAGAGCAGUGAUCCGAGACGCUGAUUUGAAGGAAUCCUUUUUCACAACACCAGUGGCAUUGCGUGCGGCUUCUUCCAUCGACCCCCCGGCAAACAAGUGGCCGAGGUUCAACAACAAAGGGAGCUUUGGGGGCAAAUCCUUUCAGCAGGGAUUCAAAGGCAAGGGCAAAGGCAAAGGUGGCAAAUCAAAGGGUAGAGACAGCAGGUUGGAUGGAUUACAGUUGGCCUGGCGCACGCCAGACGGGCGUGACCUUUGCUUUGCAUACAAUGGUGGCAGCUGUGAUGGAAAAUGCAACAGGGUCCAUCAGUGCAGAGUAAAAGGUUGCUAUGGUGACCACCCAGCAAUCCAGCACAAGGACAAGGUGAAGGUGAUGUAUCUAUUUGCCGGAAAAAGACGGCAGUCAGAUGUGGCUUCUUUCUUGCAAAAGGCACACGAUAGUGGCCACAUUUCCUUGACUCUGAAGGAGUAUGACUUGGAGCUUUCACCAGACCAUGAUUUGACCAAUAAGUCCUUAUGGGAUGAAAUUCUGGCAACCCUUGAAGAGGGUGAUUGGUAUUUGCUUGUCUCGCCUCCGUGCAACACAUUUUCGAGGGCGAGGUUUCACUUUCAAGACUGGCCGGGACCGAGGGGGAAGAAGAACCACGGCACUGGGCUACAGAGCAGUGCUCAAGAUGCCCUGCUUGCAAAAGGCACCAAGGCUGUUGAAAGAGACUCCAAUGCCGCAACUUUCGAGUUUUUGAAACAGGGUGUGAUGGAGUCCAUCAGCGAUGUGAGAAGGGAGGCGUUCAAGUUGGUGACAGGCAAGUUGCUUGUAUCACCGUUUUCUGAAUCUUGCUUGAUGAAGGUGAGAGAGAAGGUGGCUGGUUUGUUACCCGAUUGCAAGGGUGCAUUGGUGCGGGAUCAGGGGCAGCCUUUUUUCCUGCGGUUGCUUUCACAGUGGUUGGAAAUUUUUGACGAUCCUGACUUCAGUUGCUUGGUAAACGAUGCGGAAUCUUUUGCAACUGGCGUCAACCUUGGCGUGGACACUCCCCUACCGAGGACACCUCAAGUUUUUCCCGAGAAGGUCAAGCAUCGCAAACUUGACACGACUGAUUUCAAUCCCAUUGCCGAGAAUUAUGAGAAGUAUGGUGACAGGUUGAGGGUCGCUUCAAUGGCGGCCAUAGCAAAGCCAGACGGUGGAGUGAGACCGCUCCACGAUGCCACGCAUUCUGUGAUGGUCAACCGCUCCAUUAAGUACCAGGACCAGUUGCAGUGCCCAGGACCGGCAGAGGUCGCAUCUGUUGUGAGGGAGGCAGUGGAGACAAAGGAAGCAUGUUUUUGCGUGUCGGCCGACAUCAAGGCUGCCCAUCGUUUGGUGAAAGUUAGAGAGGAGGACUGGCCAUACAUGUGCUGCAGAGCAGAUUCACAAAGCGACACUGUUUGGGUGAACAAAACAGGAACUUUUGGCGUGGCGAGUGCGCCAUAUUGGUGGGCCAAACUUUUUGCAUGUGUUGGCAGGUUUGUUGGACAUGUGAUGCAGGCAUCAAUUUUCUGGCACCUUGUUUAUGUGGAUGAUUUGCAUGGGGCAUUCGCGGGGGCUCAAAAGUUUGAAAUGUUAUGGAUCUGGCUCCUAGCGUUCGAACUUGUGGGGACGCCAUUUGGAUAUCAUAAGUUCAGGGGCGGCUUUGCUUCAGAGUUUGUUGGAUACCACUUGCGCUACGAUAGGAACGAAGUUGGCAUUACAACCCGAAGGGGAUCUUGGUUAGUGGAUUGGAUCCAGAGUCUGGAGAAAAGGAAGUUUGUUGUGGCUGCACGUGAUUUCAGCGAAUUUUUGGGAAGGCUGGGGUUUGUAUCCCAGCUAUUGGUUUGGCUGAAGCCCCACCUUGCACCCCUCUUUGCAUGGAGUGCAGUGGCAUCUUCUGGACUGGUAGGCAAGUUGCCGGAUACGGUCAUUUUGACUUUGAAGUACAUACAAAUAGAGCUGUCGAACGAGUCGUUUAUGGUUUCUGCACAGAGGCCCAAAGUGUUUGCGGAGGAGCAAUUCAGGACGGAUGCCAAAUGCACUGACACCAGUAUGGUAUUGGGAGGAUGGGAGAUUUCAACGCGCAGAUGGUUUUCAAUUUCCCUUUCAAGGGAGCAAGUGCCGUUCCUGUUUAAGCCGGACGGCGGUGGGGCACAGUGGGCGUCUACGUCCGCUGAGCUGUUGGCGUCAUUGGCGGCCCUGAGGGCGUUUGGAUGGCUUGAUGGUGGUAGGACAAGGCGUACGAUGCAGUUCUCCAUUUUUGCUGGCACGGACAACAGGGCUAAUGACCUGUUGUCCAACAAACGCUCGACCACGAAGUGGCCCCUGAUGUUGGUCAACAUGGAGUUAUCGUCGUGUUUAGCCAAGUCGAGGCUUACACUUGAUUUGAGGUGGAGACCUCGCGAAGAAAAUCAAGAAGCUGACGAGUUGACAAACGAGAUCUUCACGAGCUUCUCCAUGGAUGAUCGUGUCCCCCUCAGCCUAACGGAUUUAGACCUGGGCUUGGUGAAUAGUUUGUGGCAGACGAAGGUACAAUUUGAUUUGAUGAGAGAGGAAGCCAAGCAGCAUGCAGCAGAGGGUCCUCAAGGGAAGAAGAGAAAGCACGAUAAAACGCCUUGGUACCCGCCCUACCCAACCCUUUGUGGUGGGAGGGUGAUACCAGAGAAGUAUGGUGACAGGUUGAGGGUCGCUUCAAUGGCGGCCAUAGCAAAGCCAGACGGUGGAGUGAGACCGCUCCACGAUGCCACGCAUUCUGUGAUGGUCAACCGCUCCAUUAAGUACCAGGACCAGUUGCAGUGCCCAGGACCGGCAGAGGUCGCAUCUGUUGUGAGGGAGGCAGUGGAGACAAAGGAAGCAUGUUUUUGCGUGUCGGCCGACAUCAAGGCUGCCCAUCGUUUGGUGAAAGUUAGAGAGGAGGACUGGCCAUACAUGUGCUGCAGAGCAGAUUCACAAAGCGACACUGUUUGGGUGAACAAAACAGGAACUUUUGGCGUGGCGAGUGCGCCACAUUGGUGGGCCAAACUUUUUGCAUGUGUUGGCAGGUUUGUUGGACAUGUGAUGCAGGCAUCAAUUUUCUGGCACCUUGUUUAUGUGGAUGAUUUGCAUGGGGCAUUCGCGGGGGCUCAAAAGUUUGAAAUGUUAUGGAUCUGGCUCCUAGCGUUCGAACUUGUGGGGACGCCAUUUGGAUAUCAUAAGUUCAGGGGCGGCUUUGCUUCAGAGUUUGUUGGAUACCACUUGCGCUACGAUAGGAACGAAGUUGGCAUUACAACCCGAAGGGGAUCUUGGUUAGUGGAUUGGAUCCAGAGUCUGGAGAAAAGGAAGUUUGUUGUGGCUGCACGUGAUUUCAGCGAAUUUUUGGGAAGGCUGGGGUUUGUAUCCCAGCUAUUGGUUUGGCUGAAGCCCCACCUUGCACCCCUCUUUGCAUGGAGUGCAGUGGCAUCUUCUGGACUGGUAGGCAAGUUGCCGGAUACGGUCAUUUUGACUUUGAAGUACAUACAAAUAGAGCUGUCGAACGAGUCGUUUAUGGUUUCUGCACAGAGGCCCAAAGUGUUUGCGGAGGAGCAAUUCAGGACAGAUGCCAAAUGCACUGACACCAGUAUGGUAUUGGGAGGAUGGGAGAUUUCAACGCGCAGAUGGUUUUCAAUUUCCCUUUCAAGGGAGCAAGUGCCGUUCCUGUUUAAGCCGGACGGCGGUGGGGCACAGUGGGCGUCUACGUCCGCUGAGCUGUUGGCGUCAUUGGCGGCCCUGAGGGCGUUUGGAUGGCUUGAUGGUGGUAGGACAAGGCGUACGAUGCAGUUCUCCAUUUUUGCUGGCACUGACAACAGGGCUAAUGACCUGUUGUCCAACAAACGCUCGACCACGAAGUGGCCCCUGAUGUUGGUCAACAUGGAGUUAUCGUCGUGUUUAGCCAAGUCGAGGCUUACACUUGAUUUGAGGUGGAGACCUCGCGAAGAAAAUCAAGAAGCUGACGAGUUGACAAACGAGAUCUUCACGAGCUUCUCCAUGGAUGAUCGUGUCCCCCUCAGCCUAACGGAUUUAGACCUGGGCUUGGUGAAUAGUUUGUGGCAGACGAAGGUACAAUUUGAUUUGAUGAGAGAGGAAGCCAAGCAGCAUGCAGCAGAGGGUCCUCAAGGGAAGAAGAGAAAGCACGAUAAAACGCCUUGGUGA